AUGGGGUUUCUCGGUUUUGGUGAGAAAUGGAGAGUCUGGAUUCGUAGCAUGUGCUCUAAUGCUAGAUCUUCAGUGUUGAUUAAUGGGAGUCUUACUGAUGAGUUUCAACUUUUCAGAGGUCUCAGACAAAGAGACCUCAUUUCUCCUUUUUUAUUCAUUAUAGCUAUGGAAGGGCUUCAUAUUGCCAUAGAGGAUGCGGCUGUUGAAGGGGUGUUCCAGGGUGCCCCGAUGGGUUCUGAUGAGGUCCUCGUAUCUCAUUUGUUUUAUGUAAAUGAUGCAAUUUUCCUAGGGGAGUGGGAUGCCACUCAUAUUCAGAAUUUGAUUCGUAUUCUGAGGUGUUUUUAUUUGGUGUCGGACCUUAAUCUCAAUCUUACUAUAUCAAAUCUUUAUGGGGUAGGGAUUAACCCGGCGGAGAUUGCUAGCUUAGCCUCUUUUACCAGGUGUUCGGAUGGAACUCUUCCCUUUGUUUAUCUUGGUAUCCUGGCUGGAAAAUCUAUGGUUCAACUUAAAGGUUGGCAGAUUAUCAUCGACCGUUUUAAGAAGAGGUUAUCUUCUUGGAAGGUCAAGUUGUUGUCCAUUGGAGGUCGUCUAACCCUCAUUAAAUCAGUUCUAAGGAGUUUGGGUAUUUACUUUUUCUCUUUGUUUCGUCUUCUUGCCACUAUUUGUCACUCUCUAGAGGCCCUGAGAGCUCGGUUUUUUUGGGGUGUUGAUGAAGGUCAAAAUCGUAUUCAUUGGGUUAAUUGGAAUUUGAUUUUGAACUCAUAUGCUCAAUGA